CAGUUUAAAGGAAAUAUUCCUUCGCCGAGAUCUAAGGACUUGUUUCAUUGGCCAGAAUCACGUGACAUAGAUGUUACUAUUUUUAGACAUUGUUUCGGUGUGGAAAAUCCCUGUCCCUGUAAAGAAAACAGAUCUCAUUUCGGCUUAUAUCUCGCCUUCUGGAACGAACCAGUGAACGACAAAAUGGCGACGUUUGGUCAACCUAAUGCUAAGGAACAAGGCAAAGAAUCCAUCGUUGAUGACUUCAUGUAUGGUUCUAAUGUCGCCAGUGCACAUGUAUAUAUACGGAUGGGGUUUCUGCGGAAGGUGUAUGGGAUCUUGACCACUCAGAUCCUGCUGACAGUCCUCGUCUCAGCACUGUUCAUGAGCAAUGAAGGAGUCCAGCAGUUUGUCCACAAGAAUCAGUGGAUGAUGACCAUCUCACUGUUUGGAACAUUCAUCGUGAUAUUUGCAUUGAUGUGGAAAAGACAUGAGACACCAACUAACUACAUCCUGCUGGGCGUGUUUACUCUGAUGGAGGCAUACACAAUUGGAGUGAUUGUCACAUUUUAUACAGUCACCUCUGUAAUUGAAGCCUUUGUGUUGACCUUGGGUGUCUUUGUGGCCUUGACCUUGUACACACUUCAGAGCAAACGGGACUUCAGUGCUUGGGGAGCAAGUCUGUUUUCAUUCCUAUGGAUCUUGAUACUGGCCGGGUUUUUGCAGAUCCUGUUCCCAUCCGUGAUGAUGGACAAGGCAAUUGCUGUCGGCGGAGCCCUCCUCUUCUCUCUCUUCAUCAUAUUCGACACCCAUCUCUUGAUGCACAAGCUGUCGGCAGAGGAAUACAUCGUGGCCGCCGUCAACCUCUACCUGGACAUCAUCAACCUCUUCCUGCACCUGCUCAGACUCUUCGGCGAGAGGAAAUAGUUUGUCGGACACAGAUCGGGUCAAAUAUAUUUUCAUGAUGGUUUUCCUGUAUGGCAAGUUGGGUCACUACACCGUCAAAUUACAGUAAAAUGAUAUGAAAAAAUGAGAACUGAUUUUAUUAUAACCAAGUUUAUUAAAAACAUGUUAAAUGCUGAAACAUUUGCUUCUGGUGUAUGUUUUCCUUGAGUAGUUAUUUUUCCCAAUCACUUUCUGAAGAGGCUUGUAACACAAUUGUUGAAAACAACGGAGAGCCGUGUACUUCCUUUCCAUCAACAGUGGUUGUGACGGUUACCUGGCUGGUGGUGUGGCUUAUCAGUUGUCAUGCUAUCAACCACUAGUUUGUCGUUUGUCAUGUAAAUGUGGUAGUGAUAUAGAUGUACCAUUGCAGAAAGUAAUGCUGAAGUAUGUUUUUUGUUGUUUUUAGUUCCUUCUUUAGGUACAGCAUAUAUAUAUACAUGUCAUGUCAACGAAGUGUGGUACAUGGUAUGCUGACAUAUGUUCACUCACUCACUCACUCACUCACUCUCUCCAUGCCAAGUAAGACAAAAGCAACAGAUGAUUUUGUCAUUUAAGAAACCACCAAACGAAUCCACUUGUCAUACAGGCUUCACCGUUACAUGGUAGAUCUUUUAUGCGUCUUUCUGCAUCUUUCUGCAAUUCCAAUUUUAACUUUUACAAACUGCUCACGAGUGGACUAUCCACAUUAUGUAUACAGAAACAUUUGUAACCAGAUAGGGCUUGCUUACAUUAUACUCCAACUAACUUCAAGGAAUAGGAUUUUAGACUAGAUUCGCCAUGUCCAAUCAUGAUCUGUAAACAGCUGCAGUACACAUCUCUGGAUGAGUCGGCUUGGUUAGGAUAACCAGUCGACCUGUGUUUUUAUGCCAUUGUACUGGUUAGGGUAAGGUGGGGGAUCAUCAAUGGUAAAAUUGAUUAACCAAUUAAUGAUUUAAUAUAUAGAUAUGAUCAACUUUUGUGAAAUAGGGUUUCUGUAAAUUAAUUGAUGACCAAAACAAUGUUUGCUAAAUGUCCAAUGUGUAUAAGAUCUUGUAUGCAAUAUUGAACAAUGAUUUGGAAUAAGGAAUGUCUUGUGUACCCAGUCUUUGAUGAUUGUAUAUUCAGAAUCAGAUUCUGAUGAAAUAUUCUAUUGAAAAUGUGAAGAUGCUAAAAUAGUCCAAAACCUUGGUUUUGACAUCAUGAAGGCUGUGGUUGAUCUUAUUGUUCCUCCUCUCCUUGUAUCUCCACUUGAGUGUGAUCGUUAUAUUCCUCUGUUUACAAAUGCCAUUCUAUUGGUCCUCAGUGACCACCGAGCAGGGCCUGGGAGGGGGUCAAACAGAUUGUUUAUGUAAAUAAUCUAUUAUUCUGUACAGUGGUAUAUGUUGGAAAUAAAAAUUAUUAUACUGUUA